AAAUGCUUGUCAGUGCUGUCAACUCAACUAAAUUUAGACCAUUUGGAAUUAAUGACCAAACAAAUAGCGAUACUGAGGAAAAUUAUACGGAAAAAUGUUCGGUAAAAACGAAAAAAAUAUUACGAGGAAUAUUCCUAAUGAUUUCCAUAUCGUUUACAUGGGUUGGAGCUCUAUAUCUAAUGAAAAUCAGUUUCGCAAACAAUACAUACAAAUCAAACGGAUUUUCCCUACAUUUGACGUCCAAUGUUAGUACCGCCGCCGCCGCCGCCGACAUCGGGGGCAGCGACGGUGGCGGCAGUGAUAAACAUGAGACACAGACAACCUAUAUAAUAGAGGAAGACAUCGAAAUUAUAUUUGACGGUCCAUUGUUGGCCACCUGGUAUUGUUCCCUAUGGAUGAUCAUGUUUUUGCCCAUUUAUAUCAUUAGCCAACUGUGCUGUUCGUGUUGUCAUAAAGAAAACGAGUCCAUUAAAAAAAUGUUUGUUGAGAGUGUCCAGGGAUUUAUGGAAAAGGGGUUUACAUUAAUGCAAUUUUUUGGUCGAUGCGGAUCUUUUUGUCUCCUAUGGAUACUAACAAACUAUAUGCUAAUAUUUUCGUUGAGAAUAUUGGACGUAACGGUAGUUAUGGCCCUGUUUUCAUGUUCCGUAUCCAUUGUCUAUCUGCUAUCGUGGGUAGUCCUACACCAGCAGUUUGUCGGCAUUAGAAUAGUGGCUGUGAUAAUAUGCGAUAUAGGAAUCGCACUGUUAGUAUACAUGGAUGGCGUCCAACAUAAGACAUUAGCUGCGGUUACCAUUGCUAUUGGUUCAGCCAUUGGCGCCGCUAUUUAUAAAGUAUUUUUCAAACGUAUUAUCGGUUACACAAGUUUUGCCCAAAUGUCGCUAUUUUUUUCGUUAAUCGGUUUAAUGAAUGCAAUUCUAAUGUGGCCUUUGAUAAUGUUAUUGUAUUUGUUUGGCGCCGAAACCAUUGUCUGGUCAUUGAUUCCAUGGACAACGUUGACCGGAUCGGCCGUAUUGCUACUAUUGGCCAAUAUUUUCGGUAAUUUCGGUAUUGUUUGGACGUACGAAUUGUUUCUGAAUUUGGGUAUAUUUAUGGCCAUUCCUAUAUCAUCGGUAAUCGAUAUACUAAUCUAUAAGUCGGUAUUUCAAGAUAUGAAACUAAGCGGCAUUUUAUUGAUAAUGUUUGGCUUUAUUGUUGUCCUAUUGCCUGAUAACUGGAAUGAAUAUUUGGGUGAUCUCUUGAGGAAACGGUUGGCUAAAUGGAAACGUAGGGAACAGAUCAAGAAAAACGGUAGAGUCCAGGACACCAGUACCGGUCAAGUGUCCCGAUUGAGGACUAAUAGCGGACGAGUCAAAUAG